UAAACAUUAAAUGAGCGUUUAUUUGUCCAAUGAUGCCUUUACGCUUUAUAUUUCUUUCGUUCUUUAUAAGCUUUAUUUAUACACAAUCGUGUCGAGAAAGUGACUUACAAAUAAAAAGCACAAGUUGUGAUACCUCUGGAAGUAGAUGGCUUUUGAAAAUACCAAAGGAUGAUAGAAAAUGUGACCUAAACAGUUUGAGUUUACCAAGGAAAGUAGACAAUUGUGAGACAACUUGUCCAAGUGGAAUGCAUCUUAACCUAUUGUCACAGAACUGUGAGGUCUGUCCAUCCGGAACGUAUUCAACAGGUGAUAUGCUUGAAGUAACAAAAUGGGAUGCGAUGCCAGAUUUUCUGACCUCUGAUACAACGUAUGGAAGUUUAACUAAUGAAAAAUGCAACUUAACUGGUUGGUCACCUCAAGGUAAACACCUAGUUGGAAAAACAACAGGCAGUUGCACUGUGAUACUUUCAAUGAAAGUUCAUAAUCUUAAGCCUGGAACAAUAACGUUUACAUAUCAAGUUGAAGAAUAUGGAGCAUUGGCUUUCUUUAUUAUAAGAAAUGAACGAUGUACACAAUUACCCGGUGGGAGUUUUCUUUUAGGUCUUACCGGAUCGUAUGCAUAUGAGACUGUGACAUUCAGCGUUCCAGUUGGCCACAAUAUUCUUCAAUGGUAUUUACUUGUUGAAAAUGUUUAUAUACAACAAUUGUAUGGAUUAAAAGAUCCUGAAUUACAUAUUAAAGAAAUUCGUUUAACUGGAACUCCACCAGUGACUGUAUGUACGCCAUGUGCAGCUGGCAGUUUUGGACCACGAGAAAAAGCUGAUCGUUGUGAGUUAUGUCCAAGAAACACAUAUUCAGCUGAAGGAGCCGAAUCAUGUAAAUCAUGUCCAGCAGAUCAGUAUUCAGGUAAUGGAUCUUCAAGUUGUAGUCCACGUCCUCCAUGUAAGAAAGAUGAUUAUACAAGUUAUUGGACAUCGUGUGAUCAACAACAAAUGACACAACGUAAAUGGAAGUGGAUUGAACCAAAAAUAUGUGAUGAAAAUAGUGGCGUUUCUUUACCACAACCAGAGAGUCCAGUAGAUUGUCACAAGUGUCCAACUGGUACAUUUCCAUUAGAUGGUAAUACAUGUGAAUUAUGCUCAGUUGGUAUGAAGAAACAUUUAUCAAAUUUAGAAACUUGUGUUACAUGUCCAACUAAUGAAGUUCCAAUGUAUGGUUUACGUUUUGAUAAUUGGUAUCGUAUGCCGUCUAUACUGAAAUUGGAUUGUUACAAUUUCUUUGGGACGAAAUGUAAUACAUGGGAACGUGAUCUAACAUUAUUACGUGGUGGAGUUGGCAUGCAUUCAGAUGAAUUGGCAACAUUGGAACUCUCAAUUAAGGAUGGUUUUAUUACAGCAUCAAUAAUUGAUUCAACUGACGAGUAUUCUUUUUAUUUUCAGCCACCUAUCUCUAAUACAUUUGUACGUAUUGAAUUUCAAUUAGAUUGUGUUGGUAGAUGUCAGUUUUCUAUGAAACAAGUUUUUGUCGCUGGUAAUGAAAAAAUGAUUGCUAUCUGGGGUGGAUCAUCAAACCGAAGAAAUUUCACGUAUCAUAUAAAAGAUGCAAGUGAAGUUACAUUUAAGUGGAUUUUUGAAAAACCAAGUUCACCAAUUCAUAUACAAGAUCAUGUAAAUAUUUAUCAAAUUGAAGUAACCAAUGUGAAAAAUGAUAAUAUUAUCGGAUGUCAAACAUGUGUUCAAGGAAUUGUCAAUGGAAAGUGUAAAACUUGUCCAUCUGGUCUAUAUUAUUCAGUACAAUAUGAUGAAAUUAAUAAAACAAAUAUAAUCAAUUGUACAAAAUGUCCAAAUAAUUCCAUUGUAGUUGGUGAUGCAUCCAGUUUACAUACAGUUACAGAAGCAUGUCAUUUAUGUGAACCAGGUACAAUUGCAGUGAAUCAUAGUAUAUGUGUGACUGAUACACAACCAAUUACAGCCUCUGGCUUUCAAUAUAAUUUAACUGAUGUGAUUGACAGAGUUCAUCAUGUCUCCAGUCCAAAAAUGUUUACUCCAUCAGGAACGGGGUACUAUCAUGAAUUUCUUAUAAGUAUGGCAUAUGGCAAAACAGUCCAAUGUAUAGAGAAUUCUUCAAUUUAUGAUCAACAUACCGUGAAUGCUUCAAUUUGUCGACAUACGAGGUUUGAGGCUUCCGAUCAAAGGCGUACAAAAACAUACUCAAAACCAACAAGACUAGCUGAUCGCCUUAUUCGUAUGGUGCCCAGUAAUGUGACACUAGACUUUUGGCAAGAAGUAAACAAAAAUUUGACAAAGGCAGGCUGGAUGGAAGACAAAUUCGGUAACGAUUUACAUUAUAUAUUUGCUUCUGAUGAUCAUAGUUCCAAUUGUCCUCAUGGACGAACUACAGUCAUUACAUUACGAUGUGUAUUUACUCAAAAUUUUGAAACAUUCAUGUAUCAAGUAAAAGAUUUCAGUGAAUAUAUAACUGGUAAAAUUGAAUUACCACCAUUGUGUCCAGAUGGUACUUGUGAUGGAUGUACUUAUCAGUUUCUAUGGUCUUCAAUGUAUGCUUGUCGUAUGUGUCAAGAAAAUGAUUAUGAAAAAAUUCUUAGUGAGUGUAGUUAUGGUCGUAGACAGGUUCAUCUUCGUGCUCCAUGGGAAUGUCGUGUUCCACAGAACAGAAAUCUCACCCUCAUUGAAAGUUGUCCACUUUUGUCCAAAACUCAAACAGCCGCUGUUCUAUUGACUGUAAUAAUUCUAAUUAUUUUAGGAAUAAUAAUCUUCAUGUGUCAUCGUCGAAAUAAGAAACUAGAAUAUAAAUACAUGAAACUUGUUCAAAGUACAUCGGGGAAAAAUCAAGUAACUAGUUGUGCAAUAGAAGGUGACGGCGAUAUGGAUAAAGGAGGAAGUGUAUAUUACACUACAAUGAAUAGUAAUAAUAACAGUAAUAAUAAUAAUAAUAAUAAUAAUAAUGAUAAUUAUAAUAAAACACGAAUUAAAUCACCUCCAAGUUAUGCUGAUUCAACUGGAAUUGUAUUAGAACCAAAUGAAUUUUUGAAAAAUGAUCAUUUCACACAAAUGGGAUUUAAGGGAUUGCCUAAAGUGAAUCUCCCACCGAUUAUCUACAAAAGCAAAUCGGAUACAGACCGUGACAUUCUUACAGAGAAUGAUCAUGUUUUAUGAAGAAAAUAAAAUGUCACAUCCAAUAAUCAAUCAUCAGUAAAAUUUUACUCUCGCCCACUCCUUAUAAAACACUUUCUCAUGGGAAAGCAACAAGGUGACAUAGUUUUUUUUCUCUUAUUCUACCAUCUUUGUUUCUCACUGAACCAUAAUCUCACUCAUUUUCGACAAAAAAAAUUCAUUCAUGCCAGUUGAAAAGUUAUUGUUUCUCUCUUUACGUGUAUGUGAGUAUGUCUAAAUGACUGCGCAUACAUGUGUGAAGAUUCGAUGUGUGUAUGUGUGUGUAUCUCCCCCUUUAUCAAAAAUAUGUACACCUGUUUAUACUCAUUAUUCAUAGUUAUUACUAUUAUUAUUUAACACUGGUUCACUUGAAAAACCUUGAUAUUUCCCAGGCCAGUUAACUUACAUGUUUUUUCCUAAUAUUAAAAAGAAUCAGUAAAAUAUUUCCGUAUGUAUUUUUUUUCUCAUAUAAAGUAAAUUAUGUUUUAUAUGUUCUCUACGAGACCUUUAAUUUUCUCCAAAGUUAAAACUAUGACGAAAUUCUUUUUUUUUAAAAAAGGAAAACUUUGUUCUUAAAACACUCUUCUCUUACUUACUUACUUACGCCUGCUACUCCUGAUGGAGGAUAGGCUGCCGAAAAAAAAACAUUCUUCCAUGCAUAUCAUUAAAUCAUAACAAGAAGAACAGAAACAAACAGUAAUAAAAAAACCCGACAAUCUUAUACAAUCAUUAUCUCUUUUAAUAACAGAUAUCUAUGAAGCAUUUUUUUAAGUGGUUUUAUAUAUUUUGUUGUUAUUCGUCCACUUUUUUUUUCUUUUUUAAGAUAAAAAAACACAAAGAAUUUAGUGUAAUACUGAAAUUCACUGGAAAUUUCAAUUACUCUUUCAUUACAAGUAAUAACAAUAACAUAUCAUCUUAUGUAACCGUUCGUUGCUUUUUUUUCUUCUAAAAAGUUAUUUGAAUUGAAACAUUCAAGUUUUUUUUAAUAUUUGGUUCUUAUAAACGAAAAUAUUCUUUUUGAUGUCUUGUUAGUUUCUAUUGUUUUUCUUUUUUUUGUUGUUGACAAAAACAGAAUUUAAUCUAAUUUUUUUUCUGAUUCAUAAAAUAACGUGUUUUGUUAGUCUGCUUGUUUUUUUUUCUAAAAGGAGGCGGAAGAGUGGAUCUGUGUGUGAGCGUAUUGUAACGACUGUGUCACCUGAACAUAUAUAUAUAUAUAUUCUGCCUACUCAUUCCCCCUGUGUGUGUAUGUGUGUAUUUUUUUGUUGUUGUCAGCAUAUUGAUCAUUUAAAUUUGUCCAUUCAUUUCAAUACUGUCAUUCCAAACACUCUUAGAGAUAAGUUGUGAAUAGAAAAAUUGUAUAAUUACGUUUUCAUUCUUUUUUUCAAGAAAAGAAUAAUAAAAAAAUUACCAGUUGUUACAAUAAACAAUUUUGAUGCAACGUCUAGAUCAUUGUGAAAAAUAAAAUGACACAACAGUUUAUUGAUAGAAAAUUAAUUAUAAAUUUAUAUAAUUACUAUGGUUACGUUCAUAACCGUAAUGAAUGAAGCAAUAAAGAUAAGAAUUCAAGUGAGUGUAACGAAUAAUUAAAUCGACCACAACAGUAGUAAGUGUACAUUACAUGAGAAAUGUCAUUGUUUUUAAAAGUUGCGAUAUUUAUCAUUUAAUCAAUGUUAUAUAAUGUAUGAACGAGUAUUGAAUUACUUCAUAUAUAUAUAUAUGCUACUUAUAUUGACAGACAUAAGUAGUAUGUAACACCGAUUGAAAGUGGGAUAUCUGUCAGCAGAAUGCUAGGAAGAUCAACAUGAAGAAAACAAAAUAAAAAAUUAGAAAGGAAUGUGGAAGACAAAUGAUAGUAAAUCGCAAAUGAACUAUUCACUAUAUGGUACUCAUAUUAUGCCAAGAUGCUUUGUAUAUAUAUAGAUUAAUAUUAGUUGGAGACUUAGUAAAAAUCACAUAACACUCAAUAAUUGUUUAUUCUUUUGAUUAUAAGAUAACCAUAAAUAAACGAACUAUUCAAAUUCAUAUUAAUCAUGUAAUUAAUUAUGAUUAUGUAAGUAGUAACUUGCAAAGUUUAAUCGAAUUAAAAAUGAAUGUUUGUAUCAUGAACAAAUCAGUUGUCAUGGUACAAAAUGAUUUGAUUGAAUAGUAGACUUUUAAGCAUAUGGACCAGGUUAUCAAUAACAAGUUACAUAAUAUCUUAACCUUUGCCUACAUGAACAUCAUUUAGCAGUCAAACGUCAUGAUAUUUCCUCACUUAUAUCAAUACACGUGGACAACUGCGGACACUCAUUCGAUUGGAAAAAUAUGGAAAUCUUGGACAGAGGAAAUUCCAAAAACACCAGAGAAUUUUUAGAAGCCUGGCACUCAGGUCAAUCAGCAAUCAACAAACAUAUUGAAAUCAAUUCAAUUUAUCAACCAAUCAGGAAAAUCAUGCACAAAUACAGGAACGAAAAUCAAACCAAUAGGUGACACAGCCAAAACAAAGGAGUAAACAAUGACAAAUUUAAGGUCAAUAAGAACCAAUGAACGUCGAGGUGUACAGAACAAGGUGUGAAACACAUAUGGAGAAAUUCGAACACUUCACUUCUAUCUGAAGUUUGUGCUGAUGAUGUCGUUCAAAAAACGAUAAAAGCUCCACGACCAAACCAUCCAGCUCAGAGAACAAAACUCCAUCUUUGUAGUUAAAUCACCCUUUAUGUCUUUCUCUGACUAUUAAUUAGAUUGAACUCCACCAAACUGACAUCAAAGAGUUAUCGGUUGGUCUAUAUUUUUUUUACUGGACUUCCGAAUAAUGUCAAUUCGUGUGAUAUAAAUAGUUUUCAAUUAAAUAUUUGUUACUUUUCUUAUUACGUAACAGUAAAUUAUUUUAUUGGGGUUUAUAUAAUAUCAACAUUUUCUGUAUCCCGGUUGUGAAUAUAAAAUACAAAUUAUCAAUUUACUAUUUAUAAGUUUAACCCAAUAUACCCCAUGGAAUUUUCAUUCGAAUGCAUUAUAGUUGCCAAUACAUAUACAAAUACUCUAAGUAACUUUGAGAAAUUUUUGAAGAGGUGCACAAAAGGAACGAUCAAUAUUCAAUAUCAUCCAGUACUAUAUCAUGUAUAAUUUGAAUGUUUAUUAAACUGAAUGAUCAGAAAUGCUUAAGAUAUAUUCGUGGUAGUUUCGAAGUAUAUAGUUUUCUACUGAUAAUCAGAAAGAAGUCAAUUGUUUUCUUUAACUAAACUUGGAUUAAACGAAAAUAAAGUUGGUGAGCUGGAUGGUUUCAUUGAAAAGCUUUAGCUGUCAUUAUAGAUAUCGUGGGCGCUUCAUUAAAGUAAAAAUGAGUAUUUUGAUUAUACUACAAGCGUCAAGUCAGUUAUUUCUGAUGACUUUGUUUCUAACCGAUUUUCUUCACAGGUUUUAUUAUCUUGACAUGUUCUUUUGUUCUUGUUAGCUAUUUUGUUCAAUUGACGUGUGACCAUGUGACUGGUUGACAUUUUUCGUAUAGACUGACAAAUUAGAUUUAUGUCGAUCUACACUAAGACAAUUUCACUAAUACAAGACAGGUUGUUACUUAUUAAAUAAUCGAGAUGCUCGUUUCUACUCGAACUCUGAAUUUAUUUCAUCUAGCUCUGAGGACUAAAUCAUACUAAAAAUCAGAACAUUUGAAACACCUGCCUUUUCAUGUUUAAUCCAGUAGAAGUACUCGAAGGAACAUUCAUUCAUAUAGGUGUGCCGAUUAAAAUGAAAUACUGAUAGAAAUGGCAAUAAAGCUGCUUUGUAUCACUAAGUAAUAAUAGAUAUAGUGAAUUCAAAAUAUCAUACGUCAAAUAUUUUGAUUUUCUUCAAUUUAUAAAGCUUGAGAACUGAGACGAAUGAAAUGAUAAUGAUAUAACUGCAAUUUUAUUUAAUGUACAGAAAUUAAAAGACCACUUAUAUUAUUGAUAGUAACCUUGGGUUUCCUUUUUUUAGAAAGUUCCAGCAGAAUAUACUAGAGUUGGCAUUGAUUUAUGGUAGGUGAAUAUAUUGACUCUUAAAGUUGACUUAAGUUCACCAUGGAAUAGUUAUUGAUUGUAUGUGGGGAUUUGAGAAUUUCGAAUAAUAGUUUUUGACUCUUCCUGAGAUUUACAACAGUAAACACUAUUUCGAACAUUGCAAUUGAAGAGAUAAUAAAGAAUAGAAAAAAGAACAGAAAGUAUCAGAGAAAUUUGAAGUAUCUUUCAAAGAGAAUUACUUACAGAUAUGAUUAAAGUGAAAGUUUCCAUUGAAUGAAAUUGGUUUAAAAACUAUUCGCUAGUCGUCAGCAAUGAUCACAUGAAGUGCAGUAAGUGAAUAAAACUUACUAGGUAUUAAAAUGGUAUAUGUGACGAGAGAGAUGAAGUUAUGCCAUAUAACGGACGAAAGCUUGUAUGAUAGUGUUGGUCGUGGAAUUGAUUGUCUGAAUUAAUUGCGGAUAAAUGUGAAUAAAUAACCAAAGCCCAUAAUGAACAAAUGUUAGAUGACCAACAACCUGAUAGCAAAGUACCAGAUGAAAUACUCAUACAUAAAAGAUUUAAUACUAAUAAGUAUGAAUAAUAUUCAUUUAAAUUACAAUUAAUGAAUAAUAAUAAAACAAAUGUAGUUUAAAUCUUUUAGUUACACCCACCUGUGUAUUAUUAACUUACCUACUUAUGCCGGCUAACCUUUGUGGAGUGGCAUAGACCGCCCAUCGGGAUUCUCUUUUGAAAUCUGUCCAAGGUUCUUUUUCCCAGUGUUCUUCCCAUUUCUGUUUAUUAUUUCGAUGUCUGCCUUAAAUUUUCAGCGCAAUGUCUUCCUCUUUUCCCUUUCCCUUCAGGAUUCCAAGUAAGCGCUUGCCUUUUGAUGCAGUUUGAUGAUUUUCUCAAUCUAUGUCCUAUGCACCUCAGACGUCUUUUCCAAAUUUCCUCUUCAGCUGGAAGCUGGUUUGUUCUCUCCUAGAGUGGACCGUUUCUAAUGGUAUUCGGUCAACGAACAUUCAGAAUCUUGUGUAGACAACUGUCUAUAGACACCUAUACUUCUUUGAUGAUGGUUGUGGUAGUUUUCCAAGUUCCAGCUCGUACAGUAGAACUAUCUUUACGUUUGAAUUGAAAAUUCUGACUUCGAUGCUGACAGAUACAUGUAUUAAGCAGUAGAUGUUCUCCAUUUGCAGGACUGUUGCCCUUGCUUCGCCAAUCCUUGCCUUCAUAUCUGCAUCCGAUCCUCCUUGUUUAUCGACGAUGAUGGACCUGCGUAUUAACGAAUAAUUUUCACUACUUUCUCGUCUGUAAGCAUCAAGUCUGCCUCGCAAUGAUAUUAAUAGUCUUAAAAAUUAUGUAAUCGGUUAGUAUUAUUUUUAUGAUACAUACUGAAGCCAAGAAUAUGUACGGCGAUUGCCCUAUUAAUAAGGAUGAGCUCUAGUAAUCACGCCAUCAUUAAUUUAGACUCAAGCUUGAACGUGAUUACAGCCAGAGAUGAUGUAUCUUUAUAUAUAUGGCGAAAAAACAUGUCCACCUAUACAUAUGAAGCACAUAUCUCGAUAGUAUUUUAGUCAAUCACUAUUUUUCUAAUACAUGUGGUCAUGUCAUCAAAAUUUAUCGUUGGAGGUGAAGAAAAAGUGCUAAAGUUGUUUUAAUACCAGCCAUAAACAAUAACUGAGUUCAGCUUUCAUAGGUCUCUUAGGAAUCAACAGAUUUGAGGAUUUGAAAUAUGGUUCAUUCACAUAUCAUCAUACCAUCAUUAACUUAAUUCAACCUGACAAGAUCUUUUCGUAAUAAUACUGAAAAUGGAGAGUGGCUCGCAAUCGAAUCCAGGAUGCACAUUUCGUCCUAAUUGAGACUCGUUAGCUGGAUGUACCUGCAUCUCAGAGUCGAUGCUCGUUCUGGGACUCGAACCCAGUACUGUUCGCUUCAAACACCAUCGUGCUAUCUAUAGCCACUAUCCAUCUUUGUUUAUAAUGCGUGUAAAUUUAGGCAAUAACGAGGCGAUACGCACAGUAUGCAGAUAUGUCAAUAAGAGACUGAUCAAUUACAGACCUGAAAAUCAGUGGAAAGAUUCAAGUAAACAAUAGCAGGUGAAUUUCAUACUGAAAAUGGUUGUGGUAUUUUUCAAGGAAUUUUUCUACAAAGAGGCCUUAAAGUGGUAUUAUAAAGAGAUGUUUCAAUUCAGCUAACUUACAUUGUCAGGUAUUCAUUAACCAUCGAUAAAAUGUAGUAAUAUAAAGAUAAGUGAAUAGUGAAAAUUCACCAGGUUGUGAUAUAAUUGAUUUACGUGACGAAAGAGGAGAGAUUAUGUGACACAUAAUAAUGAUAAUGAUGAUAAUAAUGAUGAUAUGUAACCAGUGGAUAUUUUUAUAACUAAGCAUAAUUAUUCGAUAAAAAUAAUUUUGCACAAAUGGCAAAUUAUUUGCAAUCUAUAGAAUGCACAAUUUACAACAGUCUGUCAAUCCGAAGUAAACAGAAAUAUACAGUGUAGUGAACGAGAACACAUGCGGGGACAAUCAAAUGUUAUCAUUAACAUUAUUUUCACAUCCGGUAUCUGUUUGUAAUUUUUUCGCCUCUCCGUUUAUAUUCUUCACUAUCUAAUUAUUCACACGCUUAUUACGUAGUGGUUUUAAUGUUUUGUGUUGACUAUUCCAAGUCUAUUUACCCACGUUUGACCUUCUAUUUCCAACGUUUAACUAUUGAUAAGACUUUUGUUAUCGUAUUUUCUUAUUCUUACUACUUUUAGUACACCUGUCUUCCUAUUAUCAACUUGUACUUUUACCUAUUAUGUGCGGUGACUUAUUCUAUUUCAUUGUGAUUAUUGACCCAAACUGUCUUGAUUGGUUUAACAUUUUCGUAUAAAUAUUCAUGUAUAUUAGAGUAAAGCCUGAUGACGAUCUAAUGGAAAACAAUCGUUCGCUUUCAUGUGUUGUUCUAAGAAUCAAAUAUAUUUGAAUACAGAAUUACAGAACAUCUUGGUAAAAUCUGUGAACCAUACAGUAAAUACCUCAUUUGCAAAAUGUCAGUCAAACGUCUCAGACUCCAUUGUUCUUUCGUUUCCACACUAAUCAUUCUUUGUUCUCGUUCUAUUUUCAUUGAUCUUCUUAAACUGCUGCCUCCAGGCAUUUCACCUUCGAUCGAUGAUACAUACUACUUAUAUCUGUAGAAAUCAAUAGCACACACCACAACGUACACUGAUAUUUAUUAAAUCAUUUUGAAAUUAAUUUUUCUUCUUUGUGGCUAAUUUAUUUCAUUUAUAGAUGAUCAGAUACUUGUUAAUAAGCAGACUAAUGAUUGUAGGUGUUUUUUAUAUUUUCCUCUUAUUAUAAUUAUUACUACCAUUGAUGUUCCUGACAUGUACAAACAUACACAUACAUCAUCAUCAUCAUUGUCAUUCUUAAUUUUACUACAGUAUAGUCGAUAAAAAACUGCAAAUCCUCAGUAUUUUUGGCACAACAAUCAACAAGGUACACACAUUUGUAUAUAUAUGUGAAGUUUCUAAAAAUAUACACAUCAAUCGAUAAGUAAAUAAUCAAUGUCCGUUAUCUAGUUUCAAUUAAAAUAUUCUCCUUCUUUUAAAGUAAUAUUCGGAUACAAUUAAAGUAUAUAUGAACAAAAUGAGGAAAUAAUUGUACUUAACUAAAAAUAUAUCUGUGUGUUCCUAUAUGUCUGUAUUCUUCUAGUAUAUAUAUGUAUAUGUGUGUAUCUGUAUGAACAUCUAUGGUUGGG